AUGGCAUCUCCCUCUAACAAGAUCCUCUCUAUCUCCGAUCUCGAGAAAUCAGCAUUUCGAACCCUCCCGGUCGGAACCAGAGAAUUCUACAACUCGGGAGCAACCAACCAAGUGACUGUCCGAGAAAACAUCUCGGCAUUCCAGAAGUAUCGUCUACUACCGCGAGUGCUUCGAGAUGUCUCCCAGGUCAAUACCACUACUCGUGUCUUCGACCGAGACAUUACAUUCCCUCUCUGUGUCUCUCCAGCUGGAAUCCAAGCCAUGGCCCACCCAGACGGCGAACUAGCCACGAGCAAGGCCUGCGCCAGGAUGGGUGUCAGCAUGGGCAUCUCAUCCUUUGCGAACAAUUCCGUGGAGCAAAUCACCGCUGCAGGCAGGGAAGUAGGGCCUAUAGACCAUGCAAUGCAACUAUACUCAAUGAAUGACCGCAAAAAAGAAGCACGGAUCGUCCGUCGAGCCGAGGCUGCAGGCUGCAAAGCCAUUUUCCUUACUGCCGACAGCCCAGUGCUUGGGGUACGAUAUAACGAGUGGCGGAAUGGCUUCCAGCCCUCGCCUGGUCUCGCCUAUCCCAUGCUGGAGAAGUCCUCGGAGGAUAUCCAGAAGCAAUCGCAUGACGACGGCUUUACCUCGUUCAACUCGGACUCGCAUUCCUGGGAGAAGGAAAUCCCGUGGCUGCGCUCCAUCACUAACAUGGAGAUCUGGAUCAAGGGAAUUCUCUCUCCCGAAGAUGUGGAGAUUGCGAUCCGGUAUGGAUGUGACGGUGUGCUUAUUAGCAACCACGGCGGCCGCCAGCUGGACGAAACACCCGCCACUAUUGAUGCCCUCCCUGCCUGUGCACAGGCUGCCCGAGGUCGGAUUCGCAUCCACGUUGACGGCGGCAUCCGGUCUGGUAGUGAUAUCUUCAAGGCUCUGGCGCUGGGCGCUGAAUGUUGCUGGGUUGGACGUCCGAUGCUGUGGGGACUAGCGUACAAUGGUGAACAAGGUGUGCAAUUGAUGCUAGAGAUUAUGUACAAGGAGUUCAAGCGAUGCAUGCAGCUGGCCGGGUGCAAGUCGAUAUCAGAAAUCAGCCUGGCUAGUUUGGCCGUUGUUCGCGCUGACGGUCCGUUGUCGAGGUUAUAG